AUGUGGUGGUGGAGAGGAAUUCAGAUACAACUCUGCCUUUUACUCUCCUACCCCAUACUCUGGUUCAUCUUUAUUCCCAAAGAUCCCAAAUUCAUCAUCACAGAUGCCUCUCUAACCCAAUUCAGUUUCACCAACCAAAACGCAACCCUCGACUACAACCUUGCCCUCAACAUGACCAUCAUCAACCCCAACAGAAAGGCUGCCAUAUUUUACACUAAAAUACAAGUCGCAGCUAACUAUAGAAACAAAGUAUUUUCUCUCGUCACUUUGCCUUAUGAACCACUUCACUGCUGCGGCAGGAACAGAACCAUUUCGCAGAACGUAACUCUUAAAGGGAGCAAGUCUGUGGUGUUUGAAGAACAAGACAUUUCCCAGUUUAACUCGGAGACUAUUGCUGGCAUUUACAGUAUUGACUUGAAGCUUUAUGUUAAUAUGGUAUUAUUCGGCUAUUUCAACACAAAGUAUUCCAACCCAUCGUACCAGAUCGACUGCAAGCUGAAGGUUCCUUUGCAGUUUAGUGAAGCAUCUGCAAACCGCUUCACUUUCAAGACUACCAAGUGCAGAAAUGAUAUAUCAUUGCAGACCCUGAAGCAGUGGGCUAUGUCAGUCGAGUUUUUCCUUCACAACCAGACCAUCCAAGUGUUGCUUAUUUGUAUCUAUAUUUUUGCAGCUGUGCGUGGUUAA